UUCCGACAUGUAUUCAUUGUGACUUUAGUUGUAAUCACACUGCUUAUUUUUCUUAUUUCCGAAUCUUUCUUUUUUUUUUUUUUUAUCAUUGACACAGACACUUUUGAGGGUUGAUAUCUUUUGUCUGAGGGUGGCGGGGUCAUUUUACCUUAUUCCUCGUUAUGGUAUAAAGACAGGUGUUGACUUUUAUCAUCCCACGUGCGAUUCGUCUUAUUUUGUAUCACCUCCCCAUCUAUUAAUCCCCACCCAGCUACACUUAUAUUCAUCUUUUUCAUUUAACACCAUGUCCACAUCAACAAUGUCAACCCCUACUUCAGAGCAAAACGUCAACCUCUCUCCUCACCAGACUCUCUUGAACAGCUAUGUUGGUUUCGACACCAUCACCCAGCAGAUCGAGAAAAAGUUGCUGAAAAAGGGUUUCCAAUUCAACGUCAUGGUUGUAGGUCAAUCCGGCCUUGGUAAAUCAACAUUGGUCAACACCAUCUUUGCCUCUCACUUGAUUGACAGCAAAGGUCGUUUAGACGCUUCUGAGACCACCCGUCAAACCACAGAAAUCGAAGCCGUCGCUCACACUAUCGAGGAAAAUGGUGUGCGUUUAAGCUUGAAUAUCGUGGAUACACCUGGUUAUGGCGAUCAAGUCAACAAUGACAACUGUUGGGAGCCUAUUAUUAAAUACAUCAAGGAUCAACAUUCUGCGUAUCUCCGUAAAGAAUUAACCGCAAGACGUGAACGUUAUAUUAUUGACACACGUAUUCAUUGUUGUCUCUUCUUUAUCACACCUUCUGGUCACUCUCUUAAGCCCAUUGAUAUUGUUGUACUUAAGAAGCUUUCUGAAGUUGUCAAUGUCGUACCUGUCAUUGCCAAAUCCGACUCGCUUACUACUGAAGAACGUGACGCUUUUAAGCAAAGAAUCAAGGCUGAGCUUGUAUUCCACAAUAUCAGAUUAUACCCUUAUGAAAGUGAAGAGGAUGAGGAACAAGAAAAGGCAUUGAACGAAACCAUUUUUGAGCUUGUUCCUUUUGCCAUUGUAGGUUCCGAGAGAAAUGUGGUGAUUGACGGUAAAGCAGUACGUGGAAGAAAGACACGUUGGGGAGCUAUUAAUGUGGAAGAUCCCAACCAUUGUGAAUUUAUUCAUUUGCGUAAUUUCUUGACAAGAACUCACUUACAAGACUUGAUUGAGACUACCGCCAUGAUUCAUUAUGAGACUUUCCGUGCAAAGCAAUUGAUGGCCAUUAAAGAAUCCACUCAAAUUCAACACAAUAAGCCUGAAUCAUCAGAGGAUUAAAGUAAUUCACUAAUACACAAAUAUUUACUUAAUCUUUUUUUUUUAUCAUGUACUUUCUACACAAACACGCACACACACGCACACACACACACACACACAUACACACCUAUAAUAAUUUUUUAUUUUUUUAAUAAUAAAGAAAAUUGCUUAAAAUGGAAA